AUGCUGAAUAGGCAGGCGAUUCUGAGGUUAGCAAGCAAGAGGUGGACAAGCACAGUGCAACGAGCAGAUUAUAAAUUGAAUUCUGAAGCACUUCCUAAAAAUGCAACAGUAUUUAGUAUGAUUCAGCCAACAGGUUGUUUUCACCUUGGUAAUUAUCUAGGGGCUACUCGUGCCUGGACAGAUCUGUGUGAACUGAAGAAAUCUGGCCAAGAACUGAUAUUUGGUGUUGCAGAUUUACAUGCGAUUACUGUUCCAAAGCCGGAUGCCAAAAUGUUUCGAAAAUUUCGUCACGAGGCAGUUGCAAGCAUAUUGGCUGUUGGUGUGGAUCCUGAGAAGGCAUCGAUUAUUUACCAAUCUGCUAUCCCCCAACACAGUGAGUUGCACUGGUUGCUGUCUACUCUUGCAUCGAUGGGAUUCCUUAACCGCAUGACACAAUGGAAAUCGAAAUCAAACAUCAAACAAUCAGAAAAUAAAGAGUACCAGAUUGAUGAUACCGAAGUGGGGAAAGUUAAACUGGGCCUAUUUUCGUACCCUGUCUUACAGGCCGCAGAUAUUCUUCUUUAUAAAUCUACGCAUGUUCCGGUUGGCGAUGAUCAAUCUCAACACUUGGAACUAACAAGGCACCUUGCUGACAAAUUCAAUUCGACAUAUAAGACUGAUUUCUUUCCCAAGCCUAUCACGAUGCUGGCGCAAACCAAAAAAGUUUUGAGCUUAAGCUCUCCGGAAAAGAAAAUGUCCAAGAGUGAUCCAAACCACGAUUCAGUGAUCUUUUUAAAUGACGAGCCCAAGACUAUUCAGAAAAAGAUUAGAAGAGCCUUAACAGAUUCCAUUUCGGACAGGUUUUAUUAUGACCCCGUAGAACGGCCAGGUGUAUCCAAUCUAAUCAAUAUCGUCAGUGGCAUUCAAAGAAGGUCGAUCGGUGACGUCGUGGAAGAUGUGUCCCGGUUCAACAACUACAAGGACUUUAAAGACUUUGUAUCUGAAGUUGUAAUUGAAGAAUUAAGAGAGCCAAGAACUGAAUUUGAAAAAUACGUCAACGAGCCAGAUUAUUUACACAGUGUCGUUGAAUCUGGCAUGCGCAAAGCUCAGGAAAAGGCGGCAAAGAAUCUAAGUGACAUUCAUAGAAUAAUGGGGUUCUAG